AUGCCGUUUUGUUUAAACGCUGCCGACAACUUUCCGGGUUUGGCUUCUCCACACCCUAAAAAAGAAAGCAGUGUCUUCUUGUCGACAGUUGAGCGACAUUCUUCCGGCGGAGCCAAGGAGGUGCUGGUAUCUUCAAGGCGGCUCUUAACUGGCACGGCUAAUUGUACAGUCGGAGCUCUAAGCGGGGCCGGAUUCAGUAGUAGUGGUAUUCAAAUCCCCUAUCUCUAUCUUCUUGACUCAACGUUACCUUUUGGCUUCCAGAUCGCGACAACCGAACCAAUUACGGUGUGCUUGAAUGGCUUAGUAGCUUUGCAACGCUUCAUCUUCGGAUCCAUGCGAUCUGGCGCAUGUUUGUUCAAGGUUAAAGUCUCGGCGAGCUGGUCCCCUACAGUUAUGUGCGGAUCCUUCUUCAUCCAUUCAAGUCAUAAGAACAAUUCAAAUCUCUUCCAGUCAGCUGCCAAACCUACCCAGGCAAGGUCGUUCCUGGUCUUUUAA